AUGGCUGCAUCUGUGGAAUCUUCAGAUAAGACUCCUGAGUCAGGCCCAUCCACAAUAAAGCUCAAUGAACGAAUUAUUGCAUCCAUGUCGAGGAGGGCAGUUGCAGCGCAUCCCUGGCAUGAUCUUGAGAUAGGUAAUUGAUUUUAGUGCAGCUACUGCCACGUACCUCGUUGCUGCAUAACGUUGUUGACAUUUUUUCUUUCAUUCAAGUCAACAGUAAUAUUUUUUCUGAGCCUCCUUUUUGUGAUUGCAGGACCUGAAGCUCCUAUCAUUUUCAAUUGUGUAAGGUUGCUGAACUAUUAUUAUUUUUUAAAUAGGAACUGAAUUUCUAAUUUGAUAUAUAAUUGAAUUAUCUAGGAUUUUUCUUCUUCUUUUGAACAUUCAUCUUUGUGUCUGGUUUAGGUAGUACAAUGUCAUUUGUUUCUCAUAGAUGCUUUUCAUUUCUCAGAUAUUUUUCGAUAUUUUUCUGUAACAUCGCGAUUUUUGUUUCAGUGCCUAGUGCCGCUGAUAUUGAUGGUCAAUUUGUUUGUUUAAGAAUAGCACAACAUUUGAAGGGAUUUCGUGCGAAGGGACAGCUGUUGUAGCCUUUUUCUGAAAUUUCACUUGUGUUUUUAGAAUUCCAUGACAAAGACAUUCCACAGCAUUGAUUAACAGUAUACACCACACACUUAGAUUACACGUUUAAUGCGUCCAACUAAUUUUUAUUAAACCGAGAAGAAAAGUUUCUUCCUGCCAUCUCUAUAGCGUUGGUAGUUUCCUCUUUAUCAGUAUAAAUUACAACACGUUAAAAGGCUUUUCUUGAACGAAUUUCAUGCUUUGGAAAGGAGCAUUGGAAGGGUCUUAGCUCCUGAAUAUUCAAACAAUAAUAAUAAAAAAAGGAUUCCAUUGAGACAGUUAUUUCUAAAGGCACAAGUGAAAUUCUAAUCUUGUUCUCUCCAAUUUGCAUCUUUCACUGCCAUUCAUUGUAGGAUGUUGAAUAAAAUCUAUCCUUUGUCAGUACCAUGAAAGUUAUCUACACGUCCAUCAAUAAUUUGAAGUUUCGUCUAGGGCAACAAGUUUAUCAUGCUUUUUUAGGGUUUAUGUGUCUUCUCUUCUAACACUGCUCAACGUUCUCUUAUAAUGCAUGUAGUUCUCUGAAGGACAAAAAAAUUACAUGUCAUCUUAAAAUCUGGAAUCCCUCUUUUUUCUGUUUAAAAUUCUCUGUUCUCUGGUAGUAGUUAUAGGUGGCGAGCAUCAAACUUUUCAUAUUCUAGAUUUAAAAUAUUUUGGAAGUAAUGCAAAAAAAUCUAAACUUCAAUUUCCUCUGUCUCUCUCAUCUCGCCUUAUAUUUUAGUGUUAUUUCUGUCAAAUCGUAGAGGGCCCUUAGCUUGGGUUUCCCGGUACCAUACAUAUUCUCCCAUUAAAGUACCAUAACGUGGGUCAUUUUCUGCAGGUGGUGGAAAUAGGGAAGGGGAGUAAGGUGAAAUAUGAGCUUGACAAGAAAACGGGUCUCAUAAAGGUUGUUGUAAAAGUCAACUUUUUUCUCUCUUCUUGAAUGAUCUGAAAUCAUGAGAUCAUCGACUCUCUUUCUCGUGCAAGGCAGCCAUUGGGCUCAGUGCCCAUCAAAUACGCAAGCUUUCAGUCAGCUUUAUAUUUCUGUAGUUUUUUUUUUUUUUUCAUUUUGAUGUUAGAUGCUUGCCUUUUUAUUUUCAUGCACUGUCUGAUACCUCAUAUGGGUAGGUCUAUUUGCUGUCAAUCAAUAUACAUGUAGGCCACCAGACCUAUUUCCAAGUAACCGCCCAUCUUGUCCCAGUCUGGCUUUCUUGCUGUGGCCCAGCACCUGUCGGCCUUCAUCUCUUUGCGAUUAUUUCAUUCGCAUCAUAUCUCAAGAAACUUAACUAGUCUCUCUGCGUCACCCUUUAUAUGUGCAGGUAGACCGUGUACUCUACUCCUCAGUAGUGUACCCCCACAACUAUGGUUUCAUACCACGCACCAUCUGCGAGGACAGCGAUCCUAUGGACGUUCUGGUCAUCAUGCAGGUGCGUGUAGGAUUCUGGGUUCAAACUUAUCAUGAGGUUAAAAGAACAGGGUUUUAUACGUGAAAUGAGAAACUUGAGAGAACCACCCAGAUGAUCUUUCUGAAUUGAGGUCUGCUGAUAUUUAUUAAGAGUAAUUUAAUCCAUUAAACACCCAGAGAUCAGCUCAAACACGGUCGAAUGCAGGAACCUGUGCACCCAGGCUGCUUUCUCCGGGCAAAGGCCAUUGGCCUCAUGCCUAUGAUCGACCAGGUAUUGAAUCGAGUUGAAUCUGUCUGAUGGCUCCGGUGGUGGAACUCUGGAGGUUCUCAUGCUACUUAUGCUCGUUUGGGCAAAAAAAAAAACAGGGUGAAAAGGACGACAAAAUAAUAGCGGUCUGUGCGGACGAUCCCGAGUACCGGCACUACACUGACAUCAAGGAGCUCCCGCCCCACCGUUUGGCAGAGAUUCGCCGCUUCUUCGAGGACUGUAUCCUUCAUUAUUUUCUCUGUAGCUCUUCAUCAGACAGAGGAAGGAGAGAGAGAGAGGGAGAGAGAGAGAGAGAGAUGUCUCCUUGACCGAUGGAGAAUCAGACAAGAAGAACGAGAACAAGGAUGUUGCGGUGAACGACUUCCUGCCCUCAACGGACGCGUUCAGAGCCAUCAAACAUUCGAUGUAAGAUUCAUCCUUGAGCAGAGCCCGUGAUCCGUCCAACGUUCCGCCGGUUCUUCUCCGUAAGCUGACACCCGCUUUCUCUCUGUUGAAGGGAUCUCUACGCAAACUACAUCGUCGAGAGCCUGAGGAGGUAG